AGGAAGCAGAAACCAGAGUGCGAUGAUUUUAGUUCGUGAUGUGUUUCUGUUGGACUCCUCGAACGUGCAACAUUCACCCUGGAUGUUAGGGACUUUAUAAAGAAAGACCUUUACUAGAAUAAAAGGAAACGUGGCUCGAUGAGUAUCCGGGCGCUGUGGGUCAUCACCCACGAGAAGGGUGAAGCUGUAAAAGUGCAAUUUUCCAGGCGAUACCCCUCAGUGGAGUUUCGUGCUAAAACCUUUGCUGGAUCUCACCAUGUGUCUGUUCCUGAGGAUUGUGAAAUAGCCCACUUGCUACUGAGUGAACUGGGCCUGGCAGACCCCGACAAGCCUUAUAUUGCUGCAAGAGAUGACUGUUCUCGCCAGCAGCGAUCUCCUGCACUGGAGCUUUGUGUUGGUAGCUCAGGUGAGAGGACACUAUGGCCGGUCCUAACCAUCGUCCAGGGUGGACUAAUCCUUGCCUGUCUCCCGCUAAUCGAAGUCCCACCUGAUCCCCGGCCUUCCCUUCCCAGCUUAGCUUCUGUCUCUCAGGGCUUAGCCCUCUUAUCUAGCCUACAGGGCUUUCUUUGUGGCACAGGGGGAAAACCAGCAGAACCUGAUGUGCUUGUCUCUCGCUUGGCAACCCUUCCAUCAGUACUGAUGCAGGUUUGUCCAUUAGGGACUCCCCUGGACACUCUACCUCAGUCUGAGAUGCUGCCUGCUGCUCUGGCUCCAGGCCCUGGUGGUGCUCAGAAACAACCUGCGUGGAAAACAGGAGUUUAUCGAGGGAGAGCUGUGGUAAGCGUGGCCCUCACAGAGAUGGUGAGGUCCAUGCAGUAUGGAAACCAGAACAAACAGGAUCUGUGGGAUGUGCAUGGGACAGUAACCUGCAAAUGUGAAGUGGAAGGUGUUCUGCCUAAUGUUACAGUCACCCUCACCCUGCCGCCCAUUGGCUCACCCCUGCAGGAUAUCCUUGUGCACCCCUGUGUUACUUCGCUUGAUUCCAGUAUUCUUACAGCUACUAGUGUGGAGGACAACGAUGGCUCUGCCUUUUCAGGGCCAUACAAAUUUCCUUUCUCUCCACCUUUGGAGCCUUUCCGACUUUGUAGUUAUACCUCCCAGGUACCUGUGCCGCCUAUUCUUGGUUCCUACCAUCUCAAGUCAGAGGACAACCAGCUCAAGCUCAACGUAGUCCUCAAACUCCACGAGAGUGUCAAAAACAGCUUUGAAUACUGUGAAGCACAUCUGCCAUUUUUCAACAGAAACCUCAUGGGCAACGUGGAAAUAAAAGUGACCUCAGGACAGUUAGAGGUUUCAAAAGAGAAGAAUCUGCUCGUUUGGUUUCUUGGUCAGAAAUUCCCAAAGUCACGAGAGGUAACUCUGGAUGGUACGAUUAAUUUCUCAGGGCAUGUUGCUGGACCAUCAGACCCUAUGUGUACAGAUCUCACUGCAUAUGUGAAGCUUUAUUUCCGAGUACCUGAAAUGACGUUAUCUGGAUGCUGUGUGGACCAGCACUCUGUACAAGUGUACUCCUCAACAAAGCCACGUAUCAUCACAACACGAGAACUGGUGUCCUCUGAUUACUACAUCUGGAACUCCACUGGAGACGCACCUGUGUGUUCUGGACCUGUGACACUGUAGCAACGUGAUUAACCACAACAUCGAGACCUUCAUAGCUGAUAAAUACACAGUGUUGAUUAAAAUUGGAGAAACAUUUAUAAACUUUUGAUUUUUUUUCAGAAAUAGUGAUAAUAUUCUGGUAGCAUUGCGGUAGCACAAUGGUUAAGGUGUUGGACUACUGAUCAGAAGGUCAUGAGUUUGAAUCCCAGGUCUACCAGGCUGCCACUGCUGGGCCCCUGAGCAAGGCCCUUAACCCUCAGUUGCUCAGUUGUAUAAAUUGAAAUAAAAUGUAAGUCACUUUGGAUAAGAGUGUCUGCUAAAUGCCAGAAAUGUAAAAGAAUAUUCAUUGCAUAAUAACUGAAGGAUUAUUAGCUGUAGGUAUUCCACUGUUCUACUGGCAUGUUGUACAAAAUUACCAAGGCACUUGAACAAAAACCUUUAUUUUGUGGAAAGCACAGUGAUUAGAAUUAGAGAACAGUAACCACAAAAAAACUGCUUUUUGUAGCACAAAAGCAGAUUACUGAAAGAUUUUUAAAGUUAUAGCAGUCAGUUGUGUCAAGUCCCUUGUGUGAGAACCUAGUGAUGUCCUGGGCCUUUGCCCUUCUUAGGUUUUGCCAUUUGUUACCUUUAAAAAUUUUAGCUACAAUAUUCUUUCCUGCUUAAAUGGUUACUGUUAUCAAAAUUUGAUCAUUGUAUCCACAUAAAGGUUUUUGUUGAAGUCCUCUGUUAUUUUUAAAACAUGCUAGCAGAUCACUGGUAUAGUCAUAAGUGUAGUGAUGAAGAUAUUUCAGAAUAUUUAAUUUAAAAAAAAUCAAGUGUUUUUCUCUUUUUUGACCAGAUCUUUCUCUAAUUUUGACCACCACUGAAUGUACUUUUACCUGAAUAAGCCCACAGGACAAAAGAGUGUCAGCAAAUACUUCAUUGCUCAGUGAAUGGGGUGUUAAAGCUGCUUCUCAAUCUACCCAGGGAGUCAACCCUCUGCAGGUAUUUGUUCCAGUUUACCCCAAAUCGACAUGCCAAGCCUCUCUACCGGACACAUUAGAUGCUUUCUUUCUUUACAGAUGAAGUUCUUUUUUUUUUUUUUACCGAAUAUAAACCGUGCAAAAAGUAAAACUACUAAUAAGGCACACUGACUGAAGUUAAAUCAAACAUUUUACACACUUCUUGAGUUUUCUUUUUUUUUUUUUUUUUUUUAUCUUAUAUUAAUGCAUAUUAAUGUUUUUGUUUAAAUUCAAAUAAUUGCUCCUUCAUUUUGCUUUGUCCCGAUUGGCUUUUGGACAAAGGCCAUAAGGAGACUCCUUGAGUUGUUUUUUUUCCACAAUGAGGCUUAGACUUUGUCUGGCUUUAUUGAUGUUGAAAUGAAACUGACUGGCUUGACAGACAGAAAGACUGGGAAAUUGGAUAGAAGUCUAAAGUGGUCUCUAGCAAUUGCUCCACAUUGGCCCACUUCAGCUUGUCUUUGCCCAUUAUUCUCUACAAAAAGUCCUUCAUGUAAUAAUUAAGCAACGUCUAAUGUGAAAAGCUUAUAAUACUUUUAUUUAUCAUGGAUGAUGGUCAGGUCAGAUCAGUUCCCCUCAUUAUGAAAUUAAAUCAUAAAAAAACAAUUAGAAAAAUAUUGAGGUUAACAAAGGAAUAAUAAAAAGUUAAAAUAAGCUGUGCACAUCACUAAACAAAUAGUUUGGUACUUUUUACUUGUACUUUACUCUUUGUACUAAUGCUAAUAUGUUGACUUGAUCAGAUUUUCUUACUCUUUCUUGCAAAAACAUAGAUCCAUCAAAUUGUAAGGUUGUGUCCAGUGUACUUUCUAAUGUACUUCAGGUCACUUACACAGAAUUUAAGGUCUGGACACUGGUCUGGUCUUCGUUUGGUUAAGCCACUACUUUGCUAAUUUGAAUGUAUACUUUGGUUCAUUGUCAAGCUGAAAGGUGAAACUCUUUUUCAUUUUCAUCUUACAAGCAGAUACCUGACAGCUGUGCACUAAAAUUGACGUGUGUGUGUGUGUGUGUGUGUGUGUGUGUUUAUAGAAUUAUUAUAAGUGUUUGAAUUGGUCUUAUUCAACCAUUACACAUAGUUUGGGGUGAUUAGAAUGGGCUUCUGUCUAAUCGUCCUACCCCAUAGCCCCAAAAAAUGUGGAGAGUAUGAGAAUUUUCUGUCGCAUGCAGAGAUUAAUUAGUAAAUGUCAGAUAUUCCUUCAGCAUCUCUUAUGUUGCUCUAAGUCUCUUGGCAGUUUCACUGGUAAGUUUUUAUCUUGGCCUUUAAUCUUUUCCAUUAAUUAUGGAGUGACAUCAGGACAUAAAUAUUAUUAUAGCAAUAACAUGAAAUUGAUUGUGAUUGGUUCAUUCUUAACACAGACACACACCCAAUUAUUAAAGGCUGUGUACAUUUUUGCAA